GAGGUCUGUGUCUCCUCCUGUAUGGUGAAGUCCUCGGGGUCAGGGGCCUAUCUCCAGACCCUGGACAGGAGCAGCCGAGCCUGGGUACUGUCCACAGGAAAGAGCCAGGCUGCAGACGAGGCAUCCUCGCGUCUAGGCCUCCUCCCCAACUGCUUCACUGAGCUGAGGCAACGCACAGAGGGGGAGAACAACAUUUGGUACAACCCUAUUCCAGAGGAAGAGGACGUCUUGCGUGGCAUUGGAGUGGACAGUGAGAACCCCUGGAGGAGGAGGGAGACAGAGGGGCUGUCGGAGACCUUGAGGGACCCCCAGAUGAGGAGCCAGCGGCGGGCAGGGCUGGUGGUGAGCCCCGGCACCAGUGGAGGUGGAGGGGCCUCCCGUUUAGAGCGUCAUGCCACCCAGAACCAGUGCCCUUCAGGUGGCUCCAGCCCGGGCAGAGCCCACCGGACCAAAGCCAUCACAUUAGACAGCUCAGCCUGCAGUAGGAGAGACGGAGACGGAGACGGCCCAGCUGUAAUUCAACAGAUCCAGUGUGAGGAACUGCAAUCUUUCACGGCUGCAGGUGCAGAAGGGGGUGUAUCCAGCGCCGGAGGGGGUUUGUCUGUCCCCUCAGACAGCCCCGGGGCCCAGAAGAAAGGGGGCGUGGCCAGCAGCAUGAUGGACAGGAUCAAAUCCCCGGGAACGGUCCGGAAAUCCCUGUCCAUGAAGAUGAGGAAACUCCCCGAACUCCGCCGUAAACUCAGCCUGCGCUCCUCACGCUCCCAUCGCCACGGGAAGGAGGGAACGGGCAGAGGAGGAGGGGACGGAGGUGGAGAGGGGACCUCACCCCCAAACGUCCGUAAGGAGCAGUCCAACGAGGUGAUCAGCAGGUACCACCUGGACACUUCGGCCCCGGCGAGACCGCAACGACGCUCCUCCAGGGGACGUUCCUUUGCCGCCAGUAAGGGGGGCUACCUAAGCGACGGAGACUCACCUGAGCUGCUCCCCAAACAGGGCCGGGGUGGACCAGGGGGACCCCCCUCUGCCCACAACACCCCUCCUCCACCCCCUCACUCCACCCACCACUCCAGCCAGGAGGGAGUGACCAUGACAUCUGACCUGAGCUCGUUCAGAGUCUACAGCGUGUCGGACCAGCCACGGUGCGCCCAGCGCGUCUCCGGCCUGCUCACGGUGCACCUCGUUGGGGUGGAGAAACUGCUGAGGUCCCCUAAACAGGACGCCAGUAAGGAGGUGUUCUGUGCCAUCCAGGUGGAUGGGGUGACCAGGGCCCGCACCGGCCUGCUGACCUCCAGGGGGGGCUCUCUGCCCCUCAACCACACCUUUAACCUGGAACUGGAGAGGGCCAGGCAGCUGAAACUGGUGGUGCUCACCCCUUCCCCUGGGGCUGGGGCUGGGGCUGAGACUAGCACCACGAAGGGCAGCGACUCCACAGCACCGACCAGGAACAGGGUCUGCUGUCUGGGGGCUGUGUCCAUACCCCCGCUGUUCAAAGCCUCUCGGUCUCAGCAGAUAUGCGUGAGGUUAGAGCCCAGGGGUCUACUGUAUGUGAAGCUGACUCUGCUGGAGCAAUGGGAACCCCCCGACCCCCGACCCUGCCACCUCAACCCUCCCAUGGUGUUUGGAGUGGAGCUCCGCCACCUGGUGGACAAGGAGAACUCUGCGGUCCAUGUUCCUCUGCUCAUACAGAAGAGUGUGGCUGAGAUCCAGAAGAGAGGACUGAAGGUGGUGGGUCUGUACCGUCUGUGUGGGUCAGCUGCAGUAAAGAAGGAACUGAGAGAUGCGUUUGAGAGGGACAGUGCUGCUGUCAGCCUGAAUGAAGAUCUCUAUCCUGACAUCAACGUCAUCACAGGCAUUCUGAAGGACUACCUGCGUGAGCUGCCGUCCCCCCUCAUCACCAGGACCUUGUACGAGGUGGUUUUGGAGGCCAUGUCUCUGAGACCUCCUCCUCCUCCUCGCUCCUCCCCUGGAACCUCCUCUCCCGGCAGGAGCGAGGCAGACGGACUACGCUCUCAGAGCACCGUGGCCCUACUGCAAUGUCUGCCUGAACCAGAGAGGGCCACCCUCUCACUGCUCCUGGACCAUCUGAGCCUUGUUGCCUCCUACAGUGACUGUAACCGGAUGAACUGUCAGAACCUUGCUGUGUGUUUCGGCCCGGUGCUCCUGACCCCCACCCAGGAGUCCUGGAGACCCACUGCACCAGGACAGGGAGGGCAGGGCGGGCACGGGGGGAGCUCUGGACGGGGCGGACGGAGUUUCGCUCACAGUGAGGAGAUCGCCAGUGCUGUGGACUUCAAGAGACACAUCGAGGCCUUACAUUACCUGCUGCAGCUUUGGCCCAUUCCUACUGGAGACGACCCUGACUCUCCCACCCUCCUCCAGCCCUCCUCCGGUUCAGACGUGCCUCCUUCCCCUCCCAGCGCCAUGCCCCAUAACCCCCUGCCGCGGCGCUGCCAGCGUGGCCUGUCCCUGCGUCUGGACCUACCGGACGAAGUGGGCGUGGUGUCGCGACGUGGGCGGGGCCGACUGGAGAGCCCACCCUGUAACCGGUAUGCUGGCGACUGGAGCGUGUGUGGGCGGGACUUCCUGUCUGGAGGGGAAGCGGACUACGAUGAGGUGGCGGGGAGCGACAGUGAUGAAGAGGAGGAAGACAGGGAGGAGAAGACGGCGGAGUGGACUCAGUACGUUGAGGACUUAGUCCUGGACUUUGACGCCCCGUUUACCUGCAGACUGAGUCUCAAAGACUUUGAUACGCUGAUAUCAGACCUGGAGAGAGAGCUGUCCAAACAGAUCAAAAUCUGUCUCUGAGAAAGAGGGGAGGGGAGGGGA